AUGCUAUAGUCGAACCUUGGUUUGAGAAAAGAAGACGGCCUUUUGUCCUCAGUAAUGUUCAAUAACUGGAAAAACGGAGUAUUGGUUGAUAAAGAAAGCAAAUUCAAGACACUAGCAGGUUUAGUCUUAGGUUCAGAACUCGUUUUAUCAGUUAGUGGUGCCUACGUAUUCUCGCAUUCUUAUAUCUCAGAGUACUCAGCUGCAUCAAGUGUUGCCUUGGUCUACGCUGGUUUCGGAUUAGCCACCGCCAUCUAUUCGUCAAUCCCAAAAGCUUUGAAUCUUGUUCACUCAAACCUAACUGGCAAUAUGAACGAGACUAUCCCAUACCUUGUCAUGGCACUUCCAUUCAUUAUUGAUGGUCUUUUCUCACUGUCAGCAAUCUACUCUGCUUUUGUUAUGGACUUCUCUGAAAACCUUAAAUAAGAACUUAUUGAAGGAAGCACCUCUGAAGAAAGAAAAUUCCUCCCUAUUCUCCUUGAAAGAAUUGAGAGAUAUCUUUACUCAAAGACAGACAAAGAAUUCAUGCCAGAAUUCUGCAAUGAGAGCUUCAAGAACAAGGUCUUCGUUCUUGAGGGAAAACAUAUCGCUCUUCAGAUCACUUCUAUUCUAGUAGUCUUCGCUGAGCUCUAUCUUUCAAUCUUAAGCACUAUCCAUUCAGAAAUGGCCCCAGUCUUCAGUGUUUUCGUGACUAUCUAUGCUGCCUUCUCGCUUUACAGCUUCUUCGAUCUUCCAAACAGCAGAUUCAUUCUUAUGAGUCAAUCAUACAUUGCCGGUCUCAAGCUUGCUGCCAUUUCUCUUGGUUACCUUUUCGAAUCAAUCAGAGUAAACGGCUUCAGCUUUGAAAUCAGCUUCACCCUCAUGACUGCCGUACUUACUUUUGAUGCUUUACUCGGAUUUUCUCUUCUCGUUAGCAGACAAGACUUCCAAACCGAAGAAAAGAACUAUUAAGCUAUGAUUACCAAGUCAAUGAGCACCAUUGCUGACAACUGGAAGAAUCAACAAUUCAGAAAUAACAACAACAGCGAGAAAAUUAGCUCUUUCGUAAUUGUUUCAUUCGAAAUGAUCUUCGCCCUCUCAGCUCUCUUCACCUUCUCAGGUGUCCAAUAAAUUAUUGCCCUUGCUGCCACCAUCUACUCAGUCUCAGCUAUGGUCGGCUAUUUCAGAUCUAGCUUUUCACAAAAUGUCUUCACCUCAUACUUUGCUUCAGUUAUCCUCUCAGCAGUAAUGAUGAUCGGCUUCAUUGAGUUCUCAGUUGCCUACAUUAUGUUGGUCACUCCAUUCGUAAUUGACUCAAUUGUUGGUCUCAGCAAACUCAGAAAGGCUUACCAAGUUGCCAACGAAGGUGGAUUCGUUAACCCAAAGGAGUUUGUAUUUACUACCUCAAAGGUUGAUACUAUCUGA